CAGAGCUCCAAGCUAUUGACAAUUUGAGACCUCAUCAAUCAACCCACGAAACUAUUUAAAUCCCGGCACUAAGCUGGGGAGGAGGAAUGGUCGAGAAAAUCCGACAGAAACAGCUACAGCUGCUUGAAUGCAACCCUUGAAUCCCUUCCUCGCCUCUUUCUUCAAACCAGGAAGUCCUAUCGUCACCCAGUGCACUCCCGUCCACCACCAUAUCCUUCUAGUCCCAACUACCGAGUUUUUCCUUACCUCCCGCGAAACCGAAAGCGGCCUGUCUCUUUCAGAUAUCGUAGGAUCUGAAGACUUUCUGGGAAGCCAUGUACUCCGAGUUCCCAGUCCGGCUACCGCUGCGGGAGGGAAGGACACCGUCGGGAACUUGCGCGAACAGAGGGGCAAGCCGAAACAGUAUUCAACGUUAAAUGGGCGCAGUGUUGUCAUUAAGGAUAACUUUGUCUAUAGUAAUAAGGGAUUUAAGACGCUUGCUCAAGCACAGUUACUGAAUGAUUCCGUUUGGUACGCUGAUAGCAUCGAACCACGGCAAUGGCUUAUAUACUAUAUAUCGCGACCCUUAAUCGGCAUCUGGGCAGACAAAGAGAUACCGCGUGCGAUAUUUAUAGAGGGUAUGGCCAAGAGGAAGCUUGCGGAAGCUAAGCAGGCAGCAGCUAUUGAGAAUGGCGAGCCCAGUUUACCACGAAAAAAGGAGAUCCAGAGUUUUCAUGACCUUUUAAAUCAUUUCCCGAUGAUCGCAAGGCAAAUGCAGCCCGGACUAGAGAAACUGUUUAGGGAGUUCACGACGAUUUUCGAGAGGCCGUUGCCCCCUCCCCCAUCUGCGACACAUAUCCCCGACCCCCUUCCGGACGGUCCUAUUGUGACUGCUAUGAAAAGGGCCCGUUCUAACAGCUUGUCUGCGCGAAGAAAUAGUUUAGAAGGCCAGGAAAGUGAAAGUUCUCGACCAACUGAGAACUUCUAUGCCGAGGACGAUGAAGAUGUUAUGAGAGCCUCGUUAGAGACGGCGGUAACAAAUGCCAUUGACCUCUUUCAAAGUGUUGACAAGCAGCAGCUUUCUAUGCUCGGCGCGACGACUGAACUUACUGGGCCAGUCGUUGAACGGCUGAUCGAACGCUACGUGAGCGAGAGUGUUCAUAAUCUUAUCUGGCCUCGGCUGGCUGCGAUGCGGCGUCCAGAUGAUCUUGAACUUGAAGCAAAGAUACGGCAAAUGGAAUUUAUCGACAUAUCACAAUUAGGCAUCUUCAUUGAAGGCGGCCCCAGAGCCAAACAUGAGCUUACGUUCAGACUCGGUCACGCAGUCGACGAGUUCCGUAAGAUGACUUCAUCCAUGUCUCCGCAAGAAAUGAUGGAAAUUUUAUUGUCGACGAUGAAAGCCGCCACGCAGUUGACUGAACAACCCCAGUCAAGUGCUCAACCUAACCCGACAUCCGAAAAGCCUACCAUCACCGUUAAUGCUGAUACACUUGUAUCCCUGCUUUUAUUCGUGUUGAUUCGAUCUGGCGUGAAACACCUUCAAGCUCGAUUGAUCUAUAUAAAACACUUUGUCUUCAUCGACGAUGUGGAUAGUGGCGAGAUAGGUUAUGCUCUCAGUACGUUCGAAGCAGUUCUUCAAUAUCUGUCUACAGAUUCAAGUAGCUUAAGAAGGGCAAGCCGUCGGAAUAAAGCACUGUGGGAUGCGGCUAAAAGGGGCGACAUGGAUGAACUCAAGAGAAUGAUGGACCCAGAUACAAAUUCUAUCGACGAAGAACAUCUCGACUCUCCGAUCUCGGGCCAUGCACCUUCGGUCAGCUGGAGCAUGGUUAACGGCUCGUCAAGGAGAUCCUCGGCAGCCUUCACGCCAUCAGAAUCUUAUUCCCAAGGAUCAGGAUUAAGCCAUGUGUUUCCAUUUCAGAGCCAAGCAACGAAUGAUUCUUCAGCCCCCUCGGCGAAAAGGAUCAAGAGAGUCUCUAUGGAUACUAGGAGUAUGUCAAGUGGUUCUGAAUAUUCUUAUCACUCUAGAGCUGGGAGCGUUGUCACACUUGGAAGUGGCCUAGAAGGGGAUACCUCGAUUGAACGAUUGUGCCAGACUGAAGAUGCGUUCGGAGAAUCCAUUCCGAUGAUGGCUGUUCAAAAUGAACGAGCCGAAGUAUUAAAGUAUUUGCUUUCACUCGAUGAUUAUUUCCCAGCCAAUGUCAUUUUGGACGAUUGCAAUAACGAAGGUACCAGCCUGUUAAGCGCUGCCGUUCAACUCGGCAAUACGGAGUUAAUUGAUGCGAUUCUCGAUUUUGUCGUGGCGUCGUCUCCCGAACCGCAGAUUCGGAAUUAUCUAUCCUUGCAGGACAGUCGGGGCCGAAGCGUCGCACACUACCUAUUCCACGCGCCGUCCUUAAUCGCGCGCAUCGGUAAGUUGCUUCCUUGGCGGCAAAAGGAUAAAAAUGGUCAAACGCCACUGUUUGCUCUUUGUCGCUCGUACGACCACCAAAAUUACCACGAUAUGGUCGAGGCCGGCCUCGAAGUAGCGACACAUGCGCAGGGCGAUAAUCAGCCACUUCACCUAGAUCAGCACGUGGACUCAAAGGGAAAUACCCUCUUGCAUAUCAUCAACGAUCACCAAUUGGCGGUUAAGAUUCUUAUACAGUGCGAUAUCGAUGUCAAUGCGACAAACGACAAGAAGUUUACCGCUCUGAUGGUAGCGAGUAAAUAUGGUCGCUUCGAAAUGGUUAGAGCGAUGUAUUCGGAUCCGAGAGUAGACGUAUACGCAAAGGAGCUACGGGGACUCACCGCAGUAGAAUUAGCAAAGGACGACGAUGUUCGGAAUAAGAUUGACGACUUGACAUUAUUCACUAUGCCGCCUGCGGAAGACGGCCGCAUUACGGGCGUUGUCAGGUCAUUCUUCGUUGAAGACGCUACUAUUCGACUGGUCCUCAAAUCGGGUGCCCCCGUAGAUCAUGAGAGCUACACUGUCACCACAUGUCGUCGCUCCUUCGCGGACUUUGAGCGCCUAGCUAAUUUGCUAUCUGUGGAAAACCCAGCCUCAUGGAUACCCAAAAUAAUAAGUCAACGGUCACCAUUCCAGAUCCCUUCGAAGCCUUCAAGGGCCGUAUUGAAAGACCUCCAAAUACGGACGGACUCUUUCCUUAAAAUUCUCUUAGCCCAUCCUACCUUUGCGACGCAUGAAAUGCUAUGGGAGUUCUUCCUGGUACCCGACGUACAAACAGACAUGAUAGAACAGCGUAGCCGGUUAAAAGCCGCGACUAGAGCUGAGAAGGUGAGGGACGAGUUCGAGCCUCUAGAAGAUAUCCGCGAAGUAGAGCAGUUUGUGGAUCACGCCCGAGAUAUGGUUCGCAGUGUCAACUACUCAACUAAAAGUGUUGCACGGCGAGCUAACGCUAUCGGCGUUGUUACUAAUGACUUCUACGACGCAGCGAGCGAAGUAUCACGAGAAGUCGCUAAUCUUGCAUUUGUCCCGCCAAGUCAUAUUUCUGCGUUCGAGGCUUAUGUUUACACACUUAUACCACCACAAUCUAAUCCGUCAUACUUAUUUCAUAAUUCUUUCUUAGCCGUCCAAUCUACUAUCCAGGCUAUGCUCGCAUCUCUAUCCCGACCACCUCAACUUGUUACCCAAAUUGUAUCUUGCCGUAAGGCAAUAGAACGUAAUUACAACUCCGUCUCGCGCUCAACAAGAUGGCCCCUCGGCCUGCUUGACGAAACACGUCAGCGAAUUAACGAGGAUAGAGAAGAAAAAGCAAGGCGCGCUCAGACCGAGGUGGAUACUCUGAGUAAAGAACUCCGGUACACGCAGCAGACGGUAGCAAGCGAGCUAGCGGGAUGGGAAGAGAUGCACGAGCGUAUGGGCCGCAAAGCCAUACGGGAGUUCGCCAGGGGCAUGCUCAUCUUGGAGCGUGAGCGACUGCAGGGUCUACGCAGGGCACAGCGGAAACUACAAGAUUUGGAUUUGGACUUUGGCAAUGGACCCCAAGGAUCAGGUGUUCGUAAUAAUGAGGAGGGCGCGGUAAUCGAAAACGGCGUUGGCAAGGAUCCAGCGGAAGGCGAGUCUAGUACAUCCGGUGAGGCGUUUGUGGAUAGAGUAGAGUAGAUCUCGGUGACGGUUUGAGGUGGUAACUCGGAUACCUCAGUAAAAGGCCGUUGUAUAGCAAUGCUGAACUUGUCGCAAUUAUCACCGCCACCAUAGCUAUCCACGGAUGUGUGUACCACCCGGGUCGUAGCCUUCCCGUGCUCGCGCCG